AUGGAUUCACUAGCUUUCGAGCGUAAACGUGGAAUCCGAAAAAAUUAUAAAAGACCGAUACUUCGCCCGGUUGGCAAAUAUCAUGGGCUAUUGCUGGGCGAGCAGGUUGUGGUGGAAGAUCGGAAGGAAGCAGAUGAACUGAAUGCAUACGGGUGCUUCGGUGAAUUUUUGCAACGUCGCAAAUCCUCUGUUUCAUUGGAAUGUUUUGAGAAUGAUGUACGACAGCAGCAACAGCAGGAGGGGCAAGUACGGCACGAACGUAUUCCAACCACUACUGAUAUGAAUCGUGCUGAUGAUGCUGGUUGUUCGUCGACAGCUGCCGCUACUGCUCAUCCGGCACAAAUGUUCACAUUUUUUCUAACAUUCUGA